AUUUUAUACAUUUAGUACCACAUAACACCGCAGGAUGGAGCCAGCAACACUGCCGCCUGCUGAGCGUAAAAAGGGGCGUUCCGGAGCCUGGCAACAUCUCUGUUGGCGGUGCCAGGUGUGCUCAAACCUGUAGCAGACAAACGCUCGCAGAUGUCUGUCCGCUCAGUCAUCAUGGGUUGGAUCAUAACUGCAUAAACCGCCUCCUGGAGAUCGCUGCCGCCCGUCUAUUUUCAGCCUACUCACAGGUAUGAAGGAUUUCUCUCUGACGCACCACAUUUCAGCGACAGACACUCCACAAUCGACCGCCGAGUGACUAAAAUACGCUCUGUUUACAUUUUGUUUGGACUGCUUGACGUCGGGAGGUUCCUUCAGAGACUAGGAAAAGCGCGGGUAGGACCCCUCAGAGCAGACAACGUGAAGUGUUCGCCUUUUAAUCCCACCUCGCCGCUUUCAACUCUCCUGUUUUACGCACAAGGAGCGCUUGGAUUUAUCGCAGCCAAGGCAACUGGGCGCACACCGGAGGAGCAUAUGCCCGUGGGAUGACAGCUCUCAGCGGCAGAUUCGCGCGUGAAAAGCAGCCUCUUACAUGUCAGGAAGAUGAAAUCCUUAGCAGGUCGGGAGAAGAACUCGGGAGGGUUUAUUAGGCCGCGUCACUCCGCGUUUAUCUAACCACAGCAAAACCAAGGCGACUGUAACCGGUGAGAUUGUGUAGCUGUUCAAAAAAAGGGAGUAACCAUGUCCAGAACACUGAAGAAGAAGAAACACUGGUCCACUAAAGUGGUGGAGUGCGCGGUGUCAUGGGGGAACCUGGGGGAUUUUGGCUCGGUGGUGGAGGUCCUAGGGGGAGCAGAGCUGGGUCAGUUCCCCUACCUGGGCCAGAUGAAGCUGGACGUGCUGGUGUGUCACGUCGGAAAGCUGCCCUACUACGGGGACGUUUUGCUGGAGGUGAACGGGACCCCCGUGAGUGGACUUACAAACCGAGACACCCUGGCUGUCAUUCGCCACUUUCGGGAGCCGAUUCGCUUGAAGACGGUGAAACCAGGUAAAGUAUUGAACACGGACCUGCGCCACUACCUCAGUCUGCAGUUUCAGAAGGGCUCGCUGGACCACAAGCUUCAGCAGAUCAUACGGGACAACCUCUACCUACGUACCAUCCCCUGCACCACAAGGCUUCCUCGAGAUGGGGAGGUUCCCGGAGUGGACUACAACUUUAUCAAUGUCGGAGAUUUCAGGAUCCUGGAGGAGAGUGGACUUCUACUGGAGAGUGGCACCUACGAUGGUAACUACUACGGGACCCCGAAGCCUCCGGCGGAGCCCAACCUCGUGCAGCCCGACCUGGUGGAUCAGGUUCUGUUUGAUGAAGACUACGGUGGCGAGAUUCCCAGGAAACGCACCACCUCGGUCAGUAAGAUGGACAGGAAGGACAGCGCGGUCCCUGAGGAGGAAGACGAUGAUGAGAGGCCACCGCUGGUCAAUGGAUUGCCUGAGCACAAAGAGGGGGCAGACUGGAGGAAAGCUGUGCCCAGCUACACCCAGUCCAGCAGCACCAUGGACUUCCGCACGUGGAGCUCUCUGCCCCGCGAUGACAGCCUGGAGCCCCUGCCCCUCAACUGGGAGAUGGCUUACACUGAGACCGGCAUGGUCUACUUCAUAGAUCAUAACACCAAGACGACCACGUGGUUGGACCCCCGCCUGGCCAAGAAAGCGAAGCCCCCCGAGAAGUGUGAGGAUGGAGAGUUACCUUAUGGCUGGGAGGAAAUUGACGAUCCACAGUACGGCACAUACUACGUCGACCACAUCAACCAGAAAACCCAGUUUGAGAACCCGGUCCUGGAGGCAAAGAAGAAGCUGAGCCAGGAGACGGCUGCGAUCCAACAAGCUGCAGCGGCACCUACCCAGGGUAAAGGAGGUGCGUCUGGCUUCACUGCAGACCCCAGCCAGCUGAAGGGUGAGAUGUACCACACAGCGCUGAAGAAGAGCCCGCAGGGGUUUGGAUUCACCAUCAUUGGAGGCGACCGCACAGACGAGUUCCUGCAGGUGAAAAAUGUGCUGAGCGACGGCCCUGCUGCCCACGACAACAAGAUGGCGUCCGGUGAUGUGAUUGUUGAGAUAAACGGGUUGUCCGUGCUCGGGAAGACCCAUCCAGAGGUGGUGCAGAUGUUCCAGUCCAUUCCCAUCAACCAGUAUGUGGACAUGGUGCUCUGCCGUGGUUACCAGCUUCCUCCAGAUGUGGAUCUAAACAGCGAUGACCCUCUUCCACCUCCUCCGCCCCCGCCUGCCUCUCAGCCCCCGCAGGCCCUGCACGGCGGAGAGGUGGUCACCGCUGUGCCGCUGAUCAACGGACAGCCGCUGCUCGUGAAAGGCGAUGUCCUCCACGGCUCCUCGCAGGAGCUCCACUACGUCACAACAGACGCCAGCGGCCGACCUGUGGUGGCCGCCAUGCCCAACGGCAGACAGGGCGGGGAGUUGGCCUCAGGGCUGCUUCAGCCCGACCUGGUGAGCGUUCCGCUGAUGAAAGGGCCCGGAGGAUUCGGGUUCGCCAUCGCUGACUGUCCACUGGGUCAGAAGGUGAAGAUGAUCCUGGACGCUCAGUGGUGCCGCGGUCUGCAGAAAGGCGACGUCAUCAAGGAGAUCAACAUGCAGAACGUCCAAACGCUGAGCCACGCCCAGGUGGUGGACAUCCUCAAGGACUUACCUGUGGGCAGCGAGGUCAACGUGCUCGUGCUGAGAGGAGGUCAAACAUCCCCCGUGAAGAGUCUAAAGCCUAGACAGGAAAUGACAGCCAGCACAGAGACUCUGGAUGGCAUCAUGGACUCCGCCCCCCAGGCGCUGCCUUACCACUCCAACACGAGCACCCUGCGCUCCGUGGAAUCCCCCAAACGAGACGCCACCGAGUUGUACCUGAAGUCCAAAGCUCUACUGGACAGCAGACAGCCGCACACCAAAGACAUCGAUGUUUUCCUAAAGAGAGACAUUGAAACAGGUUUUGGUUUCCGUGUUCUGGGAGGAGAAGGUCCCCAGCAGCCAAAUGUCUUCCCGCAGGUGUACAUUGGGGCCAUCGUGCCCAACGGAGCGGCUGAGAAGGACGGGCGCCUGAGAGCCGGAGACGAACUCAUCGGCAUCGACGGCGUGAUGGUUAAAGGUCGUUCGCACAAGCAGGUGCUCGACCUGAUGACCAACGCCGCCAGAAAUGGUCAAGUGAUGCUGACUGUUCGCAGGAAGGUCAUCUACAGAGACGCCACCGAUGAAGAGGUUCUGGAAAUGGCUCCAGUGCUGGUGAACGGGUCCCCCAAGCUACCUCGCAUACCCAUGCCCAGCGCUCUAGACCACGAGUCGUUUGACAUCACGCUCCACCGCAAAGACAACGAGGGCUUCGGCUUCGUCAUCCUCACCUCCAAGAGUAAACCCCCGCUGGGAGUGAUUCCACACAAGAUCGGUCGAAUCAUUGAAGGCAGUCCCACGGACCGCUGCGGCCUGCUGCACGUCGGGGAUCGCAUCUCGGCAGUCAACGGGCGCUCCAUCAUCGAGCUCUCUCACAACGACAUCGUCCAGCUCAUCAAGGAGGCCGGAAGCGUCGUCACCCUCACUGUGGUUCCAGAGGACGAAUACAAGGGCCCUCCAUCUGGAGCGAGCUCGGCUAAACAGAGUCCAGCUCUCCAGCACAGAGCCAUGGGGCAAAGAUCAGCUCUGCAGGAUGAACGUUUUAACCUGGACAUGGAGGAGAAGAGAGAGGCCGUCAGCUGGUCCGACCACAAAAGUCUCUCCCUGAGUGAGCAGGGGACGCUGUGUGUGACAGGACCCAACCAGGGUUGUCUGACGGUGGAGUUGGAGCGGAGUCCCAGAGGCUUCGGCUUCAGUCUGCGAGGGGGGACAGAGUACAACAUGGGUCUGUACAUCCUGAGACUGGCUGAGGACGGACCUGCUCAGCUGGACGGGAGGAUCCAUGUUGGAGAUGAGAUCGUGGAGAUAAACGGGGAGCCUGCACGGGGAAUCUCUCACACACGGGCUAUUGACCUGAUCCAGGCCGGAGGAAACAAAGUGGUUCUGCUGCUGAGGCCUGGAGCCGGCCUGGCUCAAGAUGGCAGUCAACAUGAUCAAAAACUCAUUUCACCCACAAGCUAUUCCGGAGAGGUGUUUUUCUCUGACACGUCAUCCCCGUCCUCUUCAUAUCCAACCGGGGCUUCCAUGUUUGUUUCUCCUCCCUCCUCCAGCAAACUGAAACAUUCCCGCAGCUGGAGCGCCAUAUCCCCACAGAGUCUCAAUUCCCGCAGCAGCAGGGGCUUGAGCUCAGUGGAGGAGAUUGGCGAGUGGGCAGACAAGGAGGUAGAGAGGCCUUCUCAUGCCUCCCUUGAGCAUUUGAACUUCUACAAGAGGACCAGGCCCAUAAAAGACUCCAGAGAGCUAAGCAGCCCAAAGAAAACCGGGGAGACAUUUCCUAAAGCCAAAGAGCAACAUCACAGUCCCAAAAAGACUGAGAGUCAGGCACAGGACGAAGCACUGAGCAGGAGAAGGACGUCACAGAAGCAGGCGAAAACACGAUCCACGAGCCCUAGGAAGUCUCUGCAAGCUGGACAGCAAGUGGCUUCAACCGUGCAGCGCACAGAGCAACAACAAGGACCUCAGAGGAGAUUAAAAGACUCUUCCAGCAGAGAGAGCUUGAAUCAUGAAAAGAGAAACGGCAAAGGGGGGACUCUCGAGAUCAGACGGUACUCUCAAGGAAAGGAGAUGGAAGGAAGAGGAGAUAGAACAAGGUCUGGCCGUGAGCAAGAAAGUGUUCAAAGAAGAGUGGUGGAAGAUUCUCAGCACCACAGGGUGUCUCCUAAUACAGGGAGACAAGCAGAGAAGGGUACAGGUAAAGACUCAAGGCAGAGAGAUGCUAUUGGGAGGAGCAAAUCUACAAAAGAAAGGAGUACAAGUAAAGAGGCGAUCAUCAAGAGGGAAUCACAGUUUUCAUUUAAAGAUGUGCUGAGUAGGAAAGGUUCUGUUGUUUCACCAAAAGGAGCUGAAGACACAUAUACGUUCUCCAAAGAAGUCCGUGGUAGGGAGGACUUUGUGGCCUCUACAAACAGUUUCCCAGGGACCCCGCAGAGUACUAAAGGACCUCUAAGUCCUGGACCUUGGAAAGUGCCCAGCUCAGCCAAAAUCCUCUCGGCGGCAGAAGUCUUUCGUGACCCUUUGUGAUAGAAUAUUGAAUCAACAAGACUAGCGCUGUGCCAUGGAAUAUUUAACAGCACCCUCUGUGGAUUGUUUUUCUGAGUUCAUCCAUAAAACAGAAAAGUGCAACCCUGUGCCACUUUUAUUACCUUUGGACCAGAUUUGUCUUUUUUGACAAGGUCUUUUUUUGGGAGUCCUGUGACAUCACCUGUGGCAUGUAGCAGCUCCCCCUCUCCGCCUUGUCCGCUGCUUCAGCAAUCUUUGAUGUGGGGUUUUAGCAUGUGCGGCAUGCUCGGGGCCUUGCCAGAAAAGAUUUUUUUUUUUUUUAAAUGUGAAUAUGUGCCAAUCCUGGGAGCCUCCUGUGGAACUACGACUACCAACAGCGCUUCACCCAUUACAAUGCAAUGACCCAUAUGCAAAGAAAGGCCUCUAGCCUGUAGUAUACACCACUUACGACUGUCACCUGGGGUUUCAUUUUGCUCUCGAACUCAUUGUGGAAUACUUUGACUUGUCUUUUUCUUAAAAAGUUUGCUCAACUGCAUGCAGUAGAUCCUUCAGUUUGUUUUUUCUGCACGUGUUCUGCACAUCACUGAGGAUGAUCCUGUUUCUUGUUUCUAAUUCUCAUUCUCGACACCAAGCAGAUUUCUAAUACAACCCAGCAAGCGCUCACUUUACCAGGGACUCUAGACUGUUCUAUGGUUAUAGUCACGCCUCUCCUCCGUAUAAAAAGUAUCAUUUAAAAGACCAGAAACUUGUGGUUUGAGAUCUUGUUUACCAUGUGUAUGAUAACCAACCCGUGUGUAAUUUAUUGAGAUAAUAGAUUGAUAUGUGUAUAUGUAGCUGUACCAAGCCAUUCCACAUUUUGAUAUAGACUUCAAAGAUUUGUCCCAUGUUAUUUGAGCUCUCACUUUCCUUCCAAUGUUCUUCGGUGGUAGGACUUACCAUGGAUCUUGUAGUACAUGAACUGUAUAGGUAAUGUGCAAACUACUGUACCAAAUGUUUGCAAUCGCUCAAAACGUGUCUCAUUGUGAAAUAUAAUAUAAUAUAUAUAUUUGAAUGUGUCAUGUUUUGCAGAUUCUAACUUUUAAAAUAUCUAUUGAAUUCCAUUGCACUGCAUCUGCCCUUGUAGCAAAACAGAAUGACCAUGAGUCGUAUUUAAUUUGUGAUGUUGACUUUCUACCAUGCAUUGCCAUUUAUUAUUUUUUAUUUUUAUUUUAUAAAGAUAAAUGAGGGUUUUUAAUGUAAGUUUUUUUUGUCAAUCCUGCUGUGUGAUUAUGUGCCAGGGUAUAGCCUGAAGGAUAAAGGAGCUUUGAGAGUUAUGUGGAGGUUUAGAAAGAUAUAAAGCAUGCUGCUGAUGUAAGACAGGUUUACAGGGAUCCAAUCUUCCAACACACUUUAAGGGUAGUUUAGCUGUAGGCUUUAAAAUACACAACAACAAGCAUCGGGUCAGUGAAAGUGAGACAUAAGCUGUGUUUCCACCAAAUGAAGCUGGAACUUUAGUCCCAGGAGCAAAUUGUCAAGGGAUUAACAUUUUUGGUAAAACAAGUCUAUUCUGUUCAAGAACUAAUCAUCUGUGUUCUGUCAGUAAAAAUGUUCAGCACUGCAAGUCCCACCUGCAGAGUCCCAGUAUAAAAAAAGACCUCCCCCUGGCAGGAAAAAGUACUUUGGACUCUAUUUAAAAAGCAUGGAAAACCUUGGAAAGUCCAUAAGUCUCUCAUGCAGGGUUCUCAGGAGGCAAGGCAUAAUGUAAAAGAAUGCUGAAAAUGUUUUGCCUUUAUAUCAAUCCUACAUGAAAUUGGACAUAUUUACAAUAUCAUAAUAUGAUAUACUAAUUGCCACCCCUUCCAACUCACCACUUUUCUGACUUUUACCUGCUGUGUUAAAAAAAAAAUACCAGAAAGCUGGCAGGGAAAAGUCAGAGUAGUCAGGGUAAAGUCAGGAGGAGGAAAGUGGCAGUCUGCGUUCAUCCACAAAUUACUGAGCUCUGUGUACACCAUUAGUCUGUUGUUAUGUGAGUCCUCUGAAUAAUGUGAGAACUCAAUGAAUCUUCAAGUCAUCCCUCCAAAGUCACAGUACUUUCAGAAGGUACUAACUCACUUGCAGGAACCUGUUGGGUUGUAAAAAGAAAGUCCCAGACUAUUUUGAGGUGGAAACGCACUGAGAACCUUAAGUCCAAAGAUCACGGGGAAAGUUCUGGCAGUGGACACAGCUAUAGUCUUGUUUACUCUUAGCUUGGUUUCCAACAAAAUUGCACAGAACUUUUAAUGCCAGAGGCUAUUUUCAAAUAAUGAAAAGGUAGUGGUCUGUAUUUCCCCAUUGGUCUUAUGACCCAUGAGCAUGAGCAAAUGUGCUGAUGUGUAAAAAGUUCUUGAAUGAUGCAAGUACUCAACCAUGUUCAGCUCUGGAAGUUCCGUCCCUAAAGUCCCAGUACUUUCAGACUUUCAGUACUACUCCCCGAGCAGGAACUUUUGGGAUGUAGAAUAAAGUCAAAGGGACAUAAAGUCAAAGGGAAAUUUUGUUUUCUAGGACUUUAUCCAACCCCUGAUUCCCAUUGUGAAAUAUGAAUACCUCCUAAGAUCGAAGUCCAUGGGGAGAGUUCCAGCAGUGGAAACGCAGCUUUAGUCUAAUUUCACUGUUUCUUUAAUUCAUUUUUGAUGCUAUUGCUGUGGAAUCUGAAAAAGUAAACAAACUAAACAUACCCGCUGAUACAACUCAAGAGAUUAAGAUUUAUAUUCAGAUGAGCUCAGGGAACACAGCAUAGUAGCAAAGGUGCAUCACUGUGCGUCAAGUCAAUAUCAAUGAAAGUCAACGGGUGCUUAUGUUCUGUGAAAGGCAGUGAUGUGGGCCUGUGAUUGUAAACGGGUGUUUUCAGGUUAAAAAUCACUUGAGGAUGUGCCAUGAGCCCAUCUGUGGUAGGUGUUUGUGCAAUAGUUGGGUUGGUAAAAUAAGUUGAUCCAACCUUGAGUGUCAGGUACAGGCAGUUCACUCUGGUUUAACAGAUAAUGCCCUUUUUUUCUAUGUCCCUUUAUGUCACUUUUGUUCUACUUCUGCUUUUAUUUUCACCGUUUUCUAUCUCAUUUUGGUGUCAUACUGUGGCCUUGCAUCGCUUCAUUAGAAAAACAAUCCUUGUGGUUUCUUCUACAUUCUGUAGGGACGGUAGAUGUAAAUGUUUGUACAUUGUACAGCACCUUUAUAAAUACUUGCUGAGUGCUCUUUCUGCGGGGGAAAAAAAUAGAGGUAUAUUAAAAUCGCUCCAUUAUUUUUUUAUGUAAAAAAAGAGGAAAUAUUUAAAAAUGGAUUGAAAAGGAUAGACUAUGACCUUGACAUGGUGUUCCGUUCAUGCACUGAAAAAUAAAGUUUUACUGAAAAUA